AUGGAUGCGCCGAAGACCUCCAAGGAGCCUAUCUCCAAAAUACGUCAGCUCGGCCUUUCGCAGGCUCCAUCUCCUUGUGAUUCCAGCCGCCAGCCAUGUCUUGCGGCACACCCGAAUGCGUCCCUGUGUGACGUGCUUCGGAUGCUCCGAGACUCAAUCAUGUGCCUCUGUAAGUGCUUGUCGUUAGUCCGUGGAAGAUUCCCACGAUGGGACUUCGGCUAUAUUCCGUUGCUGCAAACACAGAUUUUGCCCGCUAGGUCUCAGACGUUGCAUGUGGAGUGA